GUGACGUCAUGCAAUGGCGAUCUGGCGAUACGGUAUGUGGAUGUAGACCAAGUUGACUCAAUGUGUGGAGCAAUGUGAGAGAUAUUUCUGGUGCGCCGUUGUACUUCAUGCUUUUGUGUUGCACAUCAGUGUAGAGGAAACACACCUGGAUAUUGGAAUAUGAAGUUUGGUGCUGUAAUGUAGCCUUCACAAGUGCUUCGUGCGUCUCGCUUACCUCGAUUUACGUCGCUCAACGUUACGUGCAACAGUGAUGAGUGUGUGAGAUGGCCGAAGAGGACGAAGUGUCCUCUGUCGUGUGUCCCCAGGCGACCUUGGCACUGGUACACAGCCGACCGCGCCACCAACGCCACCCGAGCUUGGAGUCUCCGCACAAUGCCACGCAACACCAGAGGAAUCAUAGCCUAGACUCGGCCAUGCGAGUCCUCAGUUGCGCCGCUCAACCACCGGGGGACGUGGAACGGAGCAGCAUGGCUUCGGACGACAGCGGCAUCUUCAACUCGGACGACGGAGCUCAGCCUGCGGCAACGCAUCAGCCUGCGCAGUUGACUGUGCGGCCGACGGGUGUUCAGGAUGUUAUCGACGAGGACCAGUCACCAGCAUCGCCGCAGGAGGAGGGCGAAGAGGCCAAGCCCCGAGAGUCAUUCCUCCUGCGUUUGUUUACAUCAGAGCUGUUUGACAUGCCCAUUGCUAUCAACUACCUCUUCUUUUCCAAGGAGCCUGGAGUCAUCACUUACAUAGGUAACCGAAUGUUUAGCUUUAAAGACAGCGACGUGGACUUCUACCUGCCUCAACUAGUAAGCAUGUACGUACAUCACAGUGAAGUCGCCGAAGCCCUUCAUCCGUACCUGGUUCAAAGGUGCAGAAAGGACGCCAAUUUUUCGUUACAACUGUGUUGGCUUUUAUCAGCAUUUUGUUCCGACCCGAAUGCGCCGUCGAGAAAACGCUCUCAGGGCAUCAAGCUGAAGAACCUGAUUCUUUCCGAAGAACUUAGGCCAAGGGUACCUCUUCAGUUGGUAACACCUACGUUCAAUGGUUCCGCCAUGGGUCCCUCACUCACAGUUGCGACCAAGAAGACGCACCAGCGUUCACUAUCUGAUGCAACAGGAAUGAUGCAACCGAGCAACAGCGGGCUGCGAUAUUUAGGAGGAAUGAACGCUAGCCGCAAAAACGCUCUGGGAGAUCUCAACUCUGGGCAUGCCUUUGACAACGGCUGUACCUGCUACGAUACCUGUGAUAGUUUUGUCUCUGACUGGAGGGGAGGAUCUGGUCGUUUGGAGUGCCACUGUCAGGCUCCUCGUCUGAGCCCCCAGAACCACUUCAUCAAAGUGCUCAUCUCACUAGGACUUAGGCUACAGACAGUGUCCACAAAAGACAGGAAAACGCAACGGUUGCAAGCCGAGCUGUCUAUGGUUAACAUGAACCUUCCUGCAAGAGUGUGGUUACCGAUUCACUUGGAUACGCUACCUCACCUGGUUGUCCGGGUGCCUCCUCAGGCUGCAGUGGUGCUCAACUCGAAAGAUAAGGCACCGUACCUAAUUUACGUGGAAGUUGUGGAGGUGGCUGAUAUUCAGACUUCACCUGUGCCUGCAAAGAUCAUUAACACACUGAGACAGACGCGGUCGGAGGAGAACCUGCCAGAAUACUUCGGACAGACCGCCGGAUCUGUAUUUUCCAUGUGUAGCAUGGACGAUGACCCGGAGUGCUGGACACAGGAAGAUGAUGAGAUUUCCCUACAGUUCUUGAGAGCUCACAAGAUGCAAGAUCGAGACACGCUAUCCGUACUGUCCCUAGACAGCGGAACGAGUGCCGAUAGUAAGGAGCCCGUGUUUGUGGCAGCGGGGGACAUUCGGAGACGUCUCUCGGACAACCUGCAUGUUCCAAAGUGCAUUGUCAAGCGGGAUCCAGAAGACCCUUCCGCCGCCGCUCUGAAGGAGCCCUGGGAAGAGAAGGUGCGGAGAAUUCGAGAGGCCUCCCCCUACAGCCACUUGCCCGGCUGGCGUCUUCUGGCAGCCAUUGUCAAGUGUGGAGACGAUCUUCGUCAAGAACUCAUGGUGUACCAGUUACUCAGCGUACUUCAGAAAAUCUGGGAACAGGAACACGUUCCUUUGUGGGUGCGGCCGUAUCGCAUCCUAGUCACCUCAGAAGACAGCGGCCUGGUGGAGCCCAUCCUCAACACCAUGUCCCUCCACCAGGUGAAGAAGCAUUCGUCACAGCUGUCACUUCUCGAGUACUUUGUGCAAGAGUUUGGCGCUCCUACCACAGAAGGCUUUCUGUGUGCACAGCGGAACUUUGUUCACAGCUGUGCUGCCUACUGCCUUGUCUCCUACCUUGUUCAGGUCAAAGACAGGCACAAUGGCAAUAUUCUCUUAGAUGGAGAGGGCCACAUCAUUCACAUCGACUUUGGCUUCAUUCUGUCAUCUUCACCUAAAAACUUGGGCUUUGAAAAUUCCCCUUUCAAACUCACACAGGAGUUUGUAGACGUGAUGGGAGGCAUGGGUUCGGACAUGUUUGAAUACUUCAAGAUUCUCAUGCUGCAAGGCCUGGUAGCGGCGAGAAAGCACCACGAGCGGAUCCUCACCCUCGUGGAGAUCCUGCAGGCCAACGCCCGCCUGCCCUGCUUUCAGAGGCACGGAGCGCUUGCCCUACGCACCCUCAGGGAGCGACUGCACCUGGGGAUCCCCGAGGAGAAGCUGCACCUGCUGGUGGAGUCCCUCGUCGAGAGCAGCAUGCAUUCCCUCACCACUCGCCUCUACGACGGCUUCCAGUACUACACCAACGGCAUCCACUAAAGGAGGUCUGCGUGACAAGUCCCCGCUCGGGGCGGCCCCCCCACAGUCUCGGAAGGGUUUGGAAAACGUAAUAGAAAGUGAGGCUUCGCUGUGCUGUUGCUUUUAUUUUGCGAGGAAGCUGCGAAGACAUUCGCGACGGUGCUAAAACCUUAAGGGCGUGCUAUCAGCUUGCGUGGGAAAGUAAUAAAAAGGAGUGGCAGGGAGUCUUCCACGGUGGACAUUCCAGGCACUUCUUUCUUUUUUUUUUCUUUUUUUUUUCAGCAGCAGUAUUGAAUUAAUUUUUUUUUUUUGUUCUAGCAUCCUCCCCGGCAACUAUCUAGUGAGUGCGCUUCAGUGACUAUAGAGACUACUUUUCUAGCUUUCUGUGGACAGUGUUAGAUUCUCUGUGAUCCCCUUUUUUUUAUUGUAUAUGUUCGUACGAGGGGGGAUCUUGUGGUCGUGUCCUGUGGAAGAACAGCGCAGCCUGACAAUACAUGCCACUUGAAACCUUCUCAAAUGCUCUUUAUAAAUGAUGACUAAUAUUAUUAACUAAUACACGAUGGAUAAAUGAGGUCGUCUGAAGGUUUGUGUUCUUGAUCGAAGGCAUGCUUUGCACGUAUAUUUUCAGUUUUUGGCACGUUAUACUUGCCGAUGAAAUGUUCCUCUGUCUCUGGUAUAUAGUUUUCUAUCAUAGAAGCAACUUCUCUGGUGAAAAAAAAAAAAUCAAUAAAUAAAUUUAGGCAAGAAUAAAUUUGCUGGGUAUUUGCUUUUGCUAUGAAAGCAUCAUAUAAAGCUACAAAAAGAAAAUGUUAGGAUUUUUUGUUUGGAUCUAGAUUAGGUCUGUUCCAACAAUGUAAAUCAGGGUCUUGCAGAUACUGGUAAUACCAAUGAUUGGCUUGAGAAUGGAGUGUGGAUAAUAUAAGGCUGUGAAUUCUUAAUAACGGACUGAAAAUAAAACUUGUAACUUAUAUAGACACAACCGGGCAAACCUGUAUUAGCAAAGGCAACAUCUAGUGUGGUUAAGAGAGUUUGUGGCAGCAAUCUAACCUGUUGCAGGAGUUCUGAUGCAGGAGAGAUCUGGAACAGAGGGUACAGUUCGUAUCACUCAGCAUUCCUACUGAGACAGAAACAGUAGAAGGUACACUGUUCGACUAAGCCCCGCAGUGUGGUACACUGCAGGGACAGAAGACGAAUGGUUGCAUGCAGUAGCGUAGCCAGAAAAAAUAUUUUGGGAGGGAUUCUAUGGGAACUUUAUAUGGUAUCUUGUAUAGCUUUAUGGCGCUGACAAAAUUAUGCGAAUUCUGACUGAAUUGUUGCUUUUAGCUUGUUGACGGCAGCAGAGGAGAUUUUUACAACCUUGUCACAUGUCUCGAAAAUUCAGACUCUGUUCUCAUUCAGUCAUUGAGAGACGGUGCAGAAGUACAGAUUACAUGCAGUGGAAGAAAAGCAAAGCCAGAUAUGAGAACUAUUAUGAGAAAAUGUAGCUUUUUAUGAGUGCAGACAAGAGCCCAACAACAACAACUACUGUCUGGUGUCUUGAAAACAGUUAUUUAUGUCUUGUUGCAAUCAUAUUGAGACAGUAAUUUUUGUACAUCACUCGAAGCGUUUUUUCUUUUCUUUCACGGGUCGUGCUGGGAUGUGUGGUUUUCAUUGAUAUGUGCGUGGAAGUUACCUGUAGAAUAUUUCUGAACCUUUUUGAACCUGAACCCGCAAUUAUCUUUCUAAAUUGUUGUGAUACAGUCUUCUCUCUGGUUUCCCUUGUGCCCAAGAUGAAAUGGAGAGGUGAUAGCAUGCCCACUAUGUUCAGUGACCGGCUCAUGUACAGUCGUUCACAAUAUAAUGUGGGCCAUACCAUUCACACUAAGGCCUAUGGCGUAUGAUUGAAAGUGUGAUACGGGCAGUGGACACCAUUUUCUCAUGGAACUAUCAAAUUUGCUACGGACUGUCAUAAUCCACAUCGUGCUGUCACCAAGUGUAUAUAUUGUCUUGCGCUGCAACUGCAUUGUAGCAUGGGGAGAGAUUUCGCUUGGAACCAGAUUUGUUGCCAUUCCCACCUUGUCACAUGCUUUGUAUCAAAAGGAUGGAACUUGUUCCUCCAUUUUGUAGAAUUACAUGAGCACUUUGCACAGAGUAGGACAAUGUCCUGCACAACGGCAUGGUACAGUGCUGGACAAAAGUUUACGGAACAUUCCUUCCUCAGACUGGCACGCUAGCUGUGAGUGGCACCGUACCGACCCCGUACAUAAGUAAAUAAAUAACUCCGUAAGUAAACUCCGUAAAUAAGUCCGUACGGUCCCAUUCGCUGCUAGCGUGUCACUCUGAGGAAGGAAUGUGCCGGAGUGUGUUCCGUAAACUUCUGUCCAGCGCUGCAUGCGCGUACGAGCAUUUCUGCCUGAGAGGGCUUGUACAUAUGUUUAAAAAAAAACAUUGUUGAUACAGGUAGGUUGUGUGUAUCAUGCACUGCCUUGUACAUACUAACAUAGCCUUCCCAGUAUUCUUCACAUGCAACUUUCGAAUGAAUUACACCUCCACGGAAUGCGAGUUUACUUGCACUAUUAUUAUACGAAUGCUUUGUGGCACUUCCGGCAAUUCUACGGUGCCGUCCAGGGUUUGAGAAUGAGUGUCUUAGAUUUCUUCGAGUGCGCAAAAGGCAUUGCCAGUUUUAACCAACUUUACAUUCGCUUUAGUUCAUAGUUACCAAAGAGUUCAGUAGUCCUACCAGGGUUGUUGCUGUGACCUCAGCAUGAUUGCGGAGAUACAGACGUGACGCCGAACUCUCAACUGCAAAAUUUACCACAACAUCCUUAGGGCCUUGUGUUUCUGGGAUUCGUUUCAGGCGCUAUAAAACGGUAAAGUCUGGCGAUAGGACUUGAUGGAAAAACAGAUUUUCAUUUCUCGUACUGAAUGCACAGUGCCUAGCAUUCUCCGGUGCCCAUAUUGGUAGCUGAAUUGGGGAUAAAAAUGGGUUUUACCCCAAAAACGCGAGGCUCUAAACAUCAUGCAUUUGAAUACUCUCGAACCUGUUGCUGCUCCUGUAGUGACCUCUGCUGGCAUCUGAUCAGAUAGUUCAUUUUCCCGCACUUAACCUGCCAGAUACGAUAGUUCUGCUGGUGACAAAGCCACAGAGAGUACUAACACAAUGCAAGGGGGCUGAUAUAACAAGAUCUGAAGCUCUUCCUUUAUCACUCAUAACUACUACUUUAUCGCAGUUUACAAUUGUGCCUGUUCUAGCAAAGGACUGGGAGCUUCCACACUCUCCGCAGUGAACUGAUGAGUCCCCCCGAAAACAUGCCUACUGGGGAUGCCAGUGUUCUCUUAGCCUUCCAUACAACACGCUAAACAACAGAUUUAACGGCCGUGUUUCCACUCCGCCCUAAGGGAUCCCUCAUGCUAAUAAGUACUACGCCAGUUGAGUGUUCAGUGUCAUGCUGUCUGUGUCUUUCUUGCCCGUGUUCGCUCGCACUGUUAAGACGAUGUUGAGUCCAGCUGUCUGUUCUUUCCCCUUUUGUUUCUCCCCUUUCUUUUCUCCCCUUUCUUUCCCUUUUCUUUUCUCCCCUUUCUUUACUUGUGUUGUGACUUGUUACCUCAGACUUAGUGUAGGAUAGUUUACUCAAAAAGGGAAAGUUGUGCGAGUUUAUGAGGUGAGGGCAGUUUUUGUGAAUGAGUUCCGUCCAAUCCAUCCACUGCUGCUUCUCAUAAGCAGCUAACAAAAGCCUAACACUGGUAAAUCGGUUGCGACUCGUUGCGCGUUCCGAACCUUACGUGCUCUUCUUUGUGGCAAGUGCCUCCAACAUGAAAGGAGAAACCCCUUAGCUCCAUUGAACAGAAUCAGUCAUGUUGAUUUGAGCAAAUCGCUUGUUUUCGUGAAAAUUUGUUGAACAAAUAUUUGUAGUGCACUACAACUUGUAUUAUAGCACUUGAUAUGAUAUGAUGGUUGUUCCAGUUAAAAUGCAUGUACAUAUUUCUUCCAGACUUUUAAUGCCGAUAAUGUGAUGCGAGUGGAAUAGAAUGCACACACUUAGAGUCUUGUGUCUUGGGGUUAAGCCCAGUAAAGCUUGUUUUUACCCCACGAUUUGCAUCAGCAUCACCAGGGGUAAAACCAGAAAAUCCCAGAAAUGAACUUUCCAAAGUGCUAAUUCAACCACCAACGCAGGCACUGGAGAACACACGCACUGCACAUGUAGCACUGCCGCUCGGCAUGUCGUGCUCGCCAGAAAUGCAAAAUGCACUCUUUAUUUAUUUACCUCCCAAAAAUUUGCUUUUCCGCCUGAUAUGUGCCCGUGUAGCCAGAUGUUACCCAAUUUUAAAGCUCACGAAAUAAAACCUGAUUUUUACUCGCCAAUUUUUGAAAAACAUAUAUUGACCCUCGUUUGUAUUUCAGGUUUUCUGUUUUUUGAAAAUCUUGAAAGUGGGGGCGGUCUUUCAGGAGCCGUAAAACCGGGUAAAUUUUGGCGAUAUCUGAUGGGAAAAUCAGAUUUUUGGGUAAGAAACUAAAUAAAAAGCGCAUUUCAGAUAAACAUGAGAUGCUGAGUGGCUGCGCUGAAUGCACAAUGCUCAGCGUUCUCCAGCUGAAUCUUCUCUUAUGGCAAGUUCGUUUUCGAAGUUUUACCUACGUGACAAGGAUGCAAAUUGGAGGGGGGUGUACUGGUUCUACCAAGUUUAUCCCUGAAACACGAGGCUCUACACACGCAGUGUAGAUACAUCACCACAGAAACCCAUUCAGAUACUGUGCCAAGUUCUUUUUACUGCUAGUAGUCUCCCUUCCCUCGCUUGCACUGUUAUGUACAUAAAACUUAAUGAUCCACGCCCGUAGAGUACCCACUGCAGAAUAGCUUGCUCAAAAGGUUUCUGCAACCGGGCAAAAUACUUCCGUGCCUCUGUACGACGAUGCGGCUGUGUUUCGACGCAGACAGAUUUGUCCUGUUUUAGCUCAAUCUUCGUAGGUGCUAUAUGGACGCGUUACGUUCUGCUUUGGGUCGUCGUCAAAGCAGCGGUGGCUAAGUGUAAUAUCCCUUUUGUGGUCAUAUGUGGGUACUUACUGUCUCUCCCUGUCUAUCAAUUUGUGCCUCGUUCUUCAAACAAAACAAAAAAUGCGCGGCUUUUCGACGGGCGAGAGAGGCUGAUUUCUUCUUUUUCAAAUGUAACAUCAAUGCAAACCUGCAAUUUAUGGGAGCUAUCAAAUGCAAUCAAUGCAAGAGUGGCUGACUGUGUGAGUUGAGUACCUUGCGCUAAAACUGUUAGGAGCACCUUUGCGUUUGUCCUACGUUGAGGUUACACAGUAAGGGAUGUUGGAAUUACAGAAACCACAAAGAAUGAGGUACCCGAAAACAAAAUUUAAUGUGUGACGAGAUGUCGUGCGGUGCUCUGUGAGGCUCUGCACGAAAGCGUGUCACGCGUUACAGUCAUUUUCGGGCGCUUCGUUCGUUGUAUCUCUGGUUGUCUCGAUGCCUCCCGCAGCUGGACUGAGCUAUGUUUGUCCUUCUACGCUUGAAUUACCAACCAAGCUAGAACUCGGGAAUACAUGUUGUGUUCCUAAAACCAUAUUGUUUGUGUGACUUUUUUAAUAUAUACGGAUCUAUGUACAGUAUGCUUUGUACGGUCGUCUCCUUUUGUGAAACUUCUAAGACAUAACUAGAGCCUGAAGUUUUUGGGAAUUUUUUUUUUUUUUUUUUUUCUAAAUCCGGGGGCCAAAAAUCGGGUAAAUAAAAAUGUGCUCUAAAUUCAUGCGAAUGCAGGUGAAAAAAUUUCGAGUAUGCAAGAUUCGUGGAGAAAUUGGGCUCAGUCACUCAAACUAACUGUACUGGUUCGGUACAAACUGUGAUGCAACUGUAUUUGCUGUCAAACAUGUUAGUGUGCAUUCCUAGAGACGUCUCAGUGAGGGCAAUUUGCCAGGUAAAGAUCGGGUUUCACAAGUAAGGAGACAACCUCAGUUCGGGGUGCAAAUUCAGGGAAGAACCAGGCUAAACCCUAAAACUUCAGGCUCUAAUUACAUAACGCAUCAGUUAAUAACAGUGUCCCUACACCCUAGGCAAGGUAGUCGAAUAAAUGUUGGCACAAGACUUUGGAUGCUACUAGAUGAGAAAGAGCAGCUAAGCUGCUUCACAUAUUGUACAUAGAGGUAUUUUUUAUUUACUCCCAUACUGUACAUAUCUUCUUCUUGGAUAGUGUAUACUUUUCUUUUGUAUUGUAGGGCUGAGCAAAUAUACCCUCGGAUUACAGCCUCGUCAGUUGUACGCCAUCUCCUAAGAAGUGCCACUCUGUGUUUACUUCUACAUUGUAUAUAUGUCCCUGCUUUAUUCGGUGCAGAGGUAAUAUUAGGUGACUGUGACAACAGUGACCUUGUCUUGCCAUGGUGAUGGCUCACUCGUACGGCGGAAGCCAAUAUAGUUGAGAUUUUGCAUCUGUCGUGCACUUCAAAAUUGGUGAAAGCAACUGUUCUAGAAAUGUACGUAGAUGCAGUACACACACUGAUGUGACUCAGAACUUUGUGUAUUCCAUCCAUUCUUUUAUGCUACUGAAUAUAAUGAGUGUUCGUUUCACAUUCAGAGUGGCACUUCAGUGGAGUGCCUACAGAAUACUACAUACCCUAUGCCAAACUCUGUACAUACAGUGAUACGUGUGGUGCAAAUCAGCAAGCUUUAAAUUUCCAUUGCUGUUGUUUUAACAUCUUUCUUUUUUUGUAGCGCAAAAAAAAGGCCAUUAAACACAGAACAUAAUUUGACAGUGCUUCUGAGCUUCCUCCUUUGCCACCAAGGCUGCUAAAAUAUUACUGUUCCCUGCUCUAAUGUAGGAGUUGUUUUUCCUUGCAUUGCAUAAGCUCACUUUCUUAGAGUAACCUGCCUGCCUAUCAAAAAGGUGACAGGUUGGAUCACAGAACAUAGAUUUGAAUGUUCAACGUGGAACAUUACAAAAUAUUAAAGGUAAUUAUCGAACGAAUUACAAGAGUCAAGGGUACAAGUACACUGACACACUAUGUAAACAUUUGUACAGCCCAAUGUAAGCACUGAUGAACAGCUUGCCCUCUUUCCUAAGCGCUCACGCUUAUAUCUAUGUAUGCGUACUCCUGCUAUGUUUGCUACGCUGCACACCCGAACAGCUGGAGGGCUCUCAUGAUAUUGCUGUUGCAUAGCUUGCUUGCUUGUGGAUGAUAUGUAUCUUUUUUAUUCCCUUUUUCCACAUGUAUAUUGCAACAUAUGUACAACAGUGCUGUUGUAGCUUUCUGUACUGCUUGUAACAGGAAAACUUUUCUACAGAAACAGAAAUGCUAUUUGGGAGCAUUGAGCAUUCUUUCUUGUUGUUCUUCACAUGUACAGUGCUAUACAGGUACAACUAGAUGCAUUUCGGUAC